AUGUCCUUUCUCCCCUGUCCCCUUUUCACCUCCCCAGGUGGGAGUAGUCUCAUCCUCCACCCUAAGGUGCCCGAAUGGGCAGACCACUUCCUCCUCACUCUCCAGCUAGGAUGUCUGGGCUAUUCAAGGGCUAUUUGUGGCGUGGCCUCUGUGUGCUCCCUGCCCCUCCCACACCGGACCUGCGCCUGGCUUGGGCCCAGCACCUGCCCACCCAGUCCGCCAGCGGCAUCGCCCUGUGUCCUGCCGCUUGGGCUCUCUCUCCCUGAAACUGGCCAUGCCAGGGAGAAGGAGCUCCCCUCCCCACUGGGGACACCGUCUGGGGUGCCUCCGUUCGGCCUCAGCCUGCCGGGUCUGGGGUCCCCGGUCCUGCCCAGCCCGGGAGGCCCCUCAGCGCUCGCCGCUGCUGUGCCGGGACAUGGCGCUGCAGAACGCCCUGUACACGGGAGACCUGGCGCGGCUGCAGGAGCUGUUCCCCCCGCACAGCACAGCUGACUUGCUGCUGGAGAGCCGGGCGGCCGAGCCUCGCUGGAUCAGCCACCAGAGGGGCUGGUGGAGAAGCCCAGCGGAGGGUCCGCCGAGCGCCGGGAGGCAGGCCCGAGACCCAUCGUCACACGCGCGGCCUCGGGACCCGCCCUGGCCUUCUGGCAGGCGGUGCUGGCCGGGGAUGUGGGCUCUGUCUCCUGCAUCCUCGCCGACUCCAGCACCGGCCUGGCUGCGGACUCCGUCUUUGAUACCAGCGACCCAGAGCGAUGGAGGGAUUUCCGCUUCAACAUCCGUGCUCUGAGACUCUGGUCGCUGACGUACAAAGAGGAGCUGACCACCCCACUGCACGUGGCGGCCAGCCGGGGCCACACAGAGAUCCUGCAGCUGCUGCUGAGGCGGAGGGCGAGGCCAGACAGUGCCCCUGGGGGCCGCACCGCCCUGCACGAGGCCUGUGCCGCAGGCCACGCUGCCUGCGCGCAUGUGCUGCUGGUGGCCGGAGCCGACCCCAACAUCCCUGACCAGGAUGGGAAGCGCCCCUUGCACCUCUGCGGGGCGGCCAGCAGCCUCGAGUGUGCAGAGCUGCUCCUGAGGUUUGGAGCAAAAGUGGAUGGUCGGUCCGAAGAAGAGGAGGAGACCCCUUUGCAUGUGGCCGCCCGGCUGGGCCACGUGGAGCUGGCAGACCUACUUCUAAAUCGGGGAGCAUGUUCCAAUGCCCGCGAUGCUGAAGGCUGGACCCCGCUGCUGGCCGCCUGCGACGCCCGCUGCACGUCCCCCGCUGACGCCGAGGCCACCACCGCCCACUGCCUCCAGCUGUGCCGCUUGCUGCUCUCGGCCGGGGCCGACGCCGACGCUGCUGAUCAGGACAGGCGGCGGCCCCUGCACCUGGCCUGUCGCCGAGGCCAUGCGGACGUCGUGGAGCUGCUCCUGUCCUGCGGCGUCAGUGCCAACGCCAUGGACUAUGGGGGACACACGGCCCUGCACUACGCGCUGCAGGGCCCGGCUGCAGCCCUGGCCCAGGGCCCCGAGCACACGGUGCGGGCGCUGCUCAACCACGGUGCCGUCCGCGUGUGGCCUGGGGCUCUCCCCAAGGUGCUGGAGCGCUGGUGCACGUCCCCGCGGACCAUUGAGGUCUUGAUGAACACCUACAGUAUCAUGCAGCUUCCCGAGGAGGCCGUGGGCCUGGUGCCUCCUGAAACUCUGCAGAAGUACCACCGUUUCUACUCCUCCCUCUUGGCCUUGGUGAGGCAGCCCAGAUCGCUGCAGCAUCUGAGCCGCUGUGCCCUCCGUGCUCACCUGGCGGCCUGCCUGCCCCAUGCCCUGCCCCGCCUGCCCCUGCCAGCCCGCCUGCUCCGCUACCUGCAGCUGGAUUUCGAGGAUGUGCUCUACUAGAUGUCCACUGCCUUUUGAGAGAGUCUGAAAGCAGAUGCCCCAUGCCCUAGGGGAUGUCAGCCCACGGCUCACAGCACCUGGAACUCAGGACUGAGUUGAACGGAUUCAGGUGGAGGUGGCCCUCUCAGCAGGAGGUCCAGCUCCACAGGCAGAUGUGGAUGUCAUCAUUCCCACCAGGAGAGGCAGAUGGGCCAUGUGGCCAGGUGACAUCUGAUGGACA